AUGCCAACGGCCUCAUUUACGACCACUGUCAAAGGAUCCUCUCAUCCUGAGAGGGUCCGAAUGCUCGUUCUGGAGACUGAUCAGACAUUUAAAGCAACAAGCCAGCGGAAAGGAACCUUUGGCGAUAUUUUCCACUCGCAAUUCUCAAAGGUUGGGCAAGAUCACAAACCACCGCUUGAAAUUGAGACGAUUAUGAAGUUCGUUGUUGAGCCAGAAGGAGGAAAGAUCCCAGACGUGACCGAUGUUGGAGAAAUUGAUGCUGUGUUGAUCACUGGGAGCAAGUACGAUGCACAUGGCGACGAUGAGUGGAUUUUGAAGCUGGUGCAGUGGAUUCGAGCUGCCUGGAAGAAGUAUCCCGACAUGCGCUUCAGUGGCGUCUGUUUCGGCCACCAGAUACUGUGUCGUGCUCUCGGAUCUAAAGUAGAGCCAUCUCCAGGAGAGAAAUGGGAGCUUUCACACACCAAAAUCAAUCUUACGCCUACCGGUGAAGCACUAUUCCAGACGAAAGACAAGAUUUUCCUCCACCAGAUGCACGUAGAUCACGUGGUUGAUGCGCCAACUGCCUCAUCAUCAGAGGGGUUGAUCGAGGACGAUUCGACUGUCUCGGUAUGGGGCAGCUCCGAUAUGAUACCAAUUCAGGGAGUGUAUAUCAGGGAAAGGUUGUUCACGAGCCAAGGACAUUUGAGUUAUGAUGAGCAGAUGGUGAAGAAGCAUGUUGACGUGAGAGUUGAGAAGGGGUUGAUUAAGGAUGAGAAGCAAGCUGAAGAGGCAAAGCAGAAGGCGGGGUUGAAUCAUGAUGGGAUUCUAGUGGCUGGAGCUAUUUUGAGGUUCUUUCAUGGCGAAGACAAAGACAUCAAGUGA